GCUUGGAGGAGACUUUAGAAGGAUGGAGAGUAGGAUUUUCGAGGAAAAUGAUUGUAUUUGUAGUAGUCUGAUUUGGAGCAAGUACUUGUGUCACACUGUCAAGGUUGCAAUUUGAAUUUUUAAGCGUUAACAGCGGUAGGUCUUUGAAUUUUCCAAUGGCAGCACUAGAGGCACUUGUUUCCAAUGAGCUCUCCAACUUCAUCAUCUAUGACACUGUCUCUGCUACUCCAAACUACUGCCAUGGCCUGCAUUCAGAGACAAGCUUCUUAUUUGAGUCAAGUAAUUCUACAGAUGGGAUUCAUAACAACCCACAUUUUCAUGGUUUAGGAGCUGUGGAUUUCCGGCAGACUUCCGGCAGUCGACCAUUACCGGCGAAGCGACCCAACAUGAGUUCUUCAGAACACAUUAGUGGGAAAUUGAAUAGGAAUUCAAAUUGCAAUUCAACGAUGCAAAGCAGAAAGAAGAGGAGAAGAAAGUCGAGGGUUUGCAAGAACAAAGAGGAAGCCGAGACACAGAGGAUGAACCACAUUGCAGUGGAACGAAAUCGCCGCAAGCAGAUGAACGAACACUUAGCCGUUCUACGGUCUAUGAUGUCUGAGUCUUACAUACAAAGGGGUGACCAAGCAUCUAUUGUAGGUGGAGCUAUAGAAUUUGUGAAGGAGCUUGAACAACUUCUGCAAUCACUUGAAGCCAAGAAACGCUUAAUGCAACAAGAAGAAGGAGGAGGAGGAGGAGGAGGAGGAGGAGAAGAAGGAGCCCAUGAGAACUACAGCAAGAAUUUCUUGUCACCUCCAUUUGCUCAGUUCUUCAGUUACCCUCAGUUCCAGUGGUGUCAAACCCCUUAUAAGUAUCAAGUGGAGAACAAGCCAGCCAUUGCUGAUAUUGAAGUUACAUUGAUUGAAACCCAUGCCAACUUAAGAAUCCUCUCGAGGAGAAGACCAAGACAGCUCUUCAAAUUGGUGUCUAGCUUCCAAGCUCUUCGUCUCACCAUUCUUCACCUGAAUGUCACCACCUUGGACCAUCUUGUGCUCUAUUCCUUCAAUGCCAAGGUGGAGGAAGGUUGCCAACUUAACUCAGUAGAUGACAUAGCUGGUGCAGUCCACCACAUGCUCAGAAUAAUUGAAGACGAAGCUGCCCUAAGUUCCUAACCUGAGAAAGUUCCAUGUUUUCCC